AUGUGCACCAAUGCGGACUAUUUUGUUGGGCUUGUUUCUGAGGUUGUCGGCGUUAAUGGUUUUACAUUGCCAGGAUUGUUACUUUUGUUAUGUUAUUUAAGUGUUUGUGGACGUGAUUACUUUCAGCCUACAUUGUCUCUGUUCACUUUGACAGAAUAUUUUCCUAUGGCCAUCUCCAUGCAUGUGCUCUGUUUCUCAAACAAUGUUGUCUUUAAUGAUUUUGUUCCCAAGGCAAAAAACCAAGAAUAUGUCCCUACCCCUUUUGCGAUUCAAUCUGUCAAUGCUGGGGAUGACCUUCCUUCAGCAUUGCUACAAGUCUUGUCAUUUCAGAAAAUGCAGAACAACAAAGAUGAUAGUGACAGACAUAAAUUAGUCUUAUCUGAUGGCACAUACAUGCAGUUGUUUGCAACUGAAUUGCCAUCCCCACAAACAACAACUUCUGAAAAUAUAAGCCCUAUCAAAACUUUGAAUCCAUACCAAAAUAAAUGGACUAUCAAAGGGAGAGUUACUCAUAAACGGCCUAUUAAGGCAUAUAGCACAGCGACCAAAAAUGGCCAUGUGUUUAGCUUUGAUAUUGUUGAUUGUGAUGGUUCUGAAAUUAGAAUUACAUGUUUUGAUGAGAUAGCUAAGUUACACUCUAACCGUGUGGACAUAGGUUCACAUUAUAUUAUUUCAAAAGGAUCUGUUAAGGAAGCAAAUGCAAGGUACAACAAACUAAACAACCAUUUAGAAAUCACGUUGUCUGAUACAUCCAUACUAAAACACUGCACCAACGAAGAACAACCAGAUCAACAAAGUCCUCCUUUCACGCCUAUUACUGAAUUGUUUCAUCUAACAAAUAACACACUGGUUGACAUAAUUGGUCUUGUUCUAUAUGUUGGAGAUAUCAUUCCUAUACACAGGAAAGAUGGCAGUCAAACACAAAAACGUUUGGUGAAAAUUAAUGAUCUAUUUGGUUCAAAAAUUGACAUCAACUUAUGGGGUCCAAUGGUAGAACAAAAGGGGCUGGAAUUGAAAAAUAUGUUGACCAAUGAUAGUCUGCUUAUCCUUGCUUUACUUAAUGCUCGUGUUGGCUAUUUCAAUGGAAAGCUUAUAAACAUAACAGUUGAAACAACAUUACAUAUCAACCCAAAUUUUCUAGAAGUAGAGCUUCUAACAUUAAGAGGAAAGGACCCUUUGCUAGCUGUACCCUUUGUUGCACAUACUAUCCACAUAGAUGGCAGAUAUACUAGAAUGACAAUUUCUUCAAUCCGUGAGCAGAUGAGCAUCAAACUAGAAACAAUUCAGACAACAUUGCUAGUUGUUCUGUGCUUUGUGAACAUCAAUGACCAAAAUUUCUAUUACGCAACUUGCCCACUAAUAGUCAAUGGAAGGCCUUGCAAGAAAAAAUGUACACAGCACGCUGAUGGUUCUUGGUUCUGCUAUAGAUGUCAAAUGAGUAUGCAAGACUGUAAUUAUAGUUACCUCUUGCCUCUAAAGUUGCAAGAUGCCACUGGUACUCUAUGGGCCACUGCAUUUGAUGAGGGUGCAAUUCACUUGCUACACAAAACUGAAAAACAACUCUAUGCACUACAAAAUGAUGCAACAAUAACAGAGACACCUUCUUUAGUGAUCAAGAGACUACUAUCAUGUUACUAUUCGUUCACAGUGUUGGUUUCUACUAAGACAUAUAAUUCAUAA